CAAAGUCCAAUGAUACCGUUUAAUUGAAAUUAUGUUUACCUGUCCAACUUUAAAAACGUAUUUGUCUGCAACAUAUCCUUACGGACACAACCAUGUUCUUCAAGGGUCGGUCCAUUCGUGCUGUCGUUGGCAUCAGAGUAUUAUUCACCAUAACAGUCAUCAGCCAACAGGUUUACGCUGCGUCUCCUAAAAGCGUUCCUAAUAAACCCAGGGCUAUUGGUGCUAAGGCUAUAACGUCAUCAACUACGAUAACAUUGAGCGUAUUUGACGAAGAAGAUGCUGUGACACAUUAUAGAGCAGUGCACAUAAUAGAUCAGAACACUGUGAACUAUGAAACCAUAUUCCCUCGUACAGUAGGAUACACAUACAAAAAUAUCAAUGAUUUGAUCCCAUCCAGGUUUUAUACAUUUUGUGUGUAUUCCGUAAUUAGGACUGCAGAGCUAGACCGGAACAGUACCAAUUGCACAAAUUCAACACCAGUGAUAGAAACGGGCCCUGGUCCAAUUUCAAACUUCUGGAUCAGCGACGAGACAGAAACGUCAUUGGUGGUUAAAUGGGAAGAACUCAAACGACCAGCAACAAAGCUAUCAGUGUCUUACCAGCAAUAUGAAGCAAAUCCCACUCCCCUCGCUAUAGAUGUUACCAAUAGCCUUGACAAUAAAAUCAACUUAACAGGACUGCGCGCGGGUGCUAGGUAUACUGUUAGGAUUGAAGUUACGUAUGUAAACUACAGCGUUGUUGAAUCGUCACCCAUAAAGGAUGCAAUAACAAAACCAUAUCCCCCAAGGGACGUGAAGGG